CAGCAUCCAGAAGACUCAUUUUCUUUCUCUCUAACAUAUCUGAACCACAAUUCUAACACAAGCCCAUUUGUCCCACUUCACUUUAAUACACAAACGAAGAACUUUCCAAAAGAAAGAGAGAGAGAGAGAGAGCAGCAAAAAAAAAAUGGCCUCCACUGCUUGUUUUCUUCACCACCAUGCACUGACUACAAGUGCUGCUAGAUCUUCUUCUUCAUCACAGCGCCAAUUGGGUAACACCAAGCCCACCAAUCAGCUUGUCUGCCGAGCUCAGAAACAGGCCGUUGAGGAUACUGAUGGCAGUGUUAUCUCUCGUCGUUUGGCUCUCACUGUCCUCAUUGGCUCUGCUGCUCUUGGCUCUAAGGUUUCUCCUGCUGAUGCUGCUUAUGGUGAAGCUGCCAAUGUAUUUGGAAAGCCAAAGACAAACACGGACUUUUUGCCAUACGAUGGAGACGGCUUCAAGCUGUCCAUUCCUUCAAAAUGGAACCCAAGCAAAGAGAGGGAAUUCCCAGGUCAAGUUCUUAGAUACGAGGACAACUUCGACUCAAACAGCAAUGUCUCUGUCAUCAUCAUCCCUACCGACAAGAAAUCCAUCACUGACUAUGGUUCCCCCGAAGAUUUCCUCACCAAUGUGAACUUCUUGCUGGGAAAACAAGCCUACUCUGGCAAAACUGCUUCUGAGGGAGGUUUCGAUCCAGAUGCCGUGGCAACAGCGAACGUAUUGGAAGCUUCAAGCGUAGUGAUAGGUGGGAAACCCUAUUACACCUUGUCUGUGUUGACAAGGACAGCUGAUGGAGAUGAAGGUGGGAAGCACCAAUUGAUCACUGCCGCAGUGAAAGACGGAAAGCUUUACAUUUGCAAGGCGCAAGCCGGAGACAAGAGGUGGUUUAAGGGAGCACGGAAGUAUGUUGAGAGCACUGCAAGUUCUUUUAGUGUUGCUUAAAAGAGAGUUUCAUUAUGUACUGAGUUUGUAUAUGUAAAUCACCUUGCUCUCUAAGAUCAAUUCAUGGUGUUUGUUUUGAUUUCUGUAGACUGUUUUUUGUUUUAAUUUUCCUGUCUCAAGAAUUAUAUAUAUUACAGAGGGAAUUGAUUGGAGUAAA